UAAAUACUUUUACCAUUAUUUUUAUUUUUUUUAUUACUAUUAUUGCAAUGCGAGUUCGAAGGGAUUACAAAGGAAAAAUCUCGUGACAAAAACCUCAUUAACAUUAUUAUGUGUACUUCACUUAGCCCCAUUCUUUUAUGAUGUAGUUAUUGAGGUAUAUGGGGGGUCGUUCCAUGCAUAUUAAUUGUUUCCUGCCUCAGCAUGUCCUGUUCCUACAACUCUUUUAUGCACUGCACACUCUCCUCGUCUUCUUCUCUUACGAAGUCACCAAUUGAGCUAAAACCCCGAUCUCUGUACAAUUCCUUGAGCAAUUCUCCAAUCUGAGUUUUGAUUCUAAUCCAAUUGGAUCGGCCGAGAGAAGGCGAAUGUCGCGGCCGUUGCACCGCGGGCGAUCCGGCGGCGCCCACCACCUGUUUGAUCAAAUGUGCCAACCAAAUAACUUGUCUAUUAAUGGAUAUGGACAUGAGCUCCCGGGCUUCGGCGGGAUCAUGAGAAGUAGGAGGAAAUUGAUGCUCUUCGUUUUCAAACUCGGUGUAGUUUUAGUCACUGUUUUUACCCUUCUCGGCUCCUUUUAUUGGGCCGUCUCCCUCUCCGUCUCGUCGUGGAACAGCGUUUACCGCAAUUACCGUCGGCUGCAGGAACAGCUUGUCGCGGACCUUUCCGAUAUCGGGGAGCUCGCGCUCGGCGUUUCGAAGUCUAAGGAACUUGAAUUCUGCCCUGAAGAGUACGAAAACUACGUCCCGUGUUAUUACAAUGUAUCGGAGAGUUUGGAUUCAGUGGAUCUUGAAGCGAAUAUAGAGUACGAGCGUUGGUGUUCUCGCGGCCCUUCCUUUGGUUGCUUGAUUCUCUCGCCGACGAAUUAUAGAAUCCCGCUUAGGUGGCCGAACGGGCGAGACGUCAUUUGGAAGGAGAAUGUGAGGAUCACUGGGCAGGAGUUCUCCUCUGGGAGCUUAACUAAAAGGAUGAUGGUAGAGGAAGAGCAUAUCUCUUUCCGCUCCGACUCCCUGAUGGUUGAUGGAGUCGAAGACUAUUCGCAUCAGAUAGCUGAGAUGAUUGGACUGAGGAACGAGUCUAAUUUCAAUGAGGCAGGGAUCAGAACUAUUUUAGAUAUAGGGUGUGGAUUUGGUAGCUUGGGAGCACACCUUUUCUCAAAGCAGCUGCUAACUAUGUGCAUUGCGAAUUAUGAGGCUUCGGGCAGUCAAGUUCAGCUCACAAUGGAGAGAGGCAUUCCCGCUUUGAUAGGUUCAUUUGCUUCGAAACAGCUCCCAUAUCCAUAUCUUUCCUUUGAUAUGGUGCACUGCGCUGGAUGUGGGAUUGAGUGGGAGAAAAAUGAUGGAAUAUUCUUGAUUGAAGUUGACAGACUUUUAAGGCCUGGGGGUUAUUUCGUCUGGACUUCACAUUUGAACACUGUUAGAUCUCUGCGUGACAAAGAGAACCAGAAGAAAUGGACGGCCAUCCGUCAUUUUGCUGAAAACCUUUGCUGGGACAUGUUGUCACAACAAGAUGAAACAAUUGUGUGGAAGAAGACUACUAAAAAAAAAUGUUACAGUUCUCGGAAAGCUGGACCAGCAGUCUGUGGUAGAAGCCAUGAUACUGAGUCUCCAUACUACAAACCACUUAAUCCCUGCAUUGCUGGAACAAGAAGUGAGCGGUGGAUUCCAAUUGAAUAUCGAACCCCCUGGCCAGCUCGGGUUCGAUUGAACUCAACUGAACUUAAUAUACACGGCGUGCAGUCAGAUGACUUUGCUGAAGAGGUUUCAAGCUUGAAUUCGGCAGUGCGGAACUAUUGGUCGCUGCUUUCACCACUUAUAUUCUCAGAUCAUCCAAAGAGACCUGGAGAUGAGGAUCCCCAACCACCAUUCAACAUGCUAAGGAAUGUGCUAGACAUGAAUGCUAGGUUUGGUGGAUUUAAUGCCGCUCUUCUCGAAGCUGGGAAAUCUGUGUGGGUGAUGAAUGUUGUGCCUGCAAGUGGUCCUAACUAUCUUCCUCUGAUUUUUGACCGAGGAUUUGUAGGAGUUCAGCAUGAUUGGUGCGAAGCAUUUCCGACAUAUCCAAGAACUUACGAUAUGGUGCAUGCUGAAGGAUUGCUUUCGCUCGAGAGGCAUCAGAAACACAGGUGUUCCAUGCUUGAUAUAUUCUUAGAGGUUGACCGCAUUCUCAGACCAGAGGGCUGGGUAAUACUUCGCGAUACAGCUUCUCUUAUUGAAGCUGCUAGAUCAGUGACUGCACAGCUGAAGUGGGACGCCCGUAUGAUAGAUCUCGACAUCAGCAGUGAUGAGAAACUCCUAGUCUGUCAGAAGCCCUUUUUCAGGAGGCAGCAAUGAUUAUAUACCAUAAGUUAACAAUUAACACAGGUUGUUAUUUGGCGGAUGAUGGCAACAAUAAGGAAAAGAAGGAUUACAAAGUUAAAAACACAGGAGGAGGUAAGAAUUAUUGUUCAGUUAGCAUAAUCUUGUACUUCUAUGGAAAGCGCAAGGUUUCCAUGGAGCUUUGUAAUUAGCGAAAUAGGCAACGGUCCUCUCAGACAUAAGGUCAUGUUGUUCUUUUUCCUGGUCGAAGUUCAGUAUAAGGAUAGGAAUUGUAGCUGCGAAAGCUAUCUUAAGUUUGAAGCAUACAGAAUAAAGGGUUGAUGCUGCAGUACACACACAGGUCACAGCCAAUGUAUUUAUGUUGGUAUAUUACUUUUGAACUCAUUCCUCCUUGAAUGGGCACUUAUUCUUUCUUUUUGUACAUUCUUUCUUUGGUUAUUGUUGCAGAACCAGUUCAGCAAAUCAAUGCAUCAUUUUGUGUUUA